AUGCAGACCAUCAAGGGACAUGACCACUUUGGCACUGUGAAGGAAGUGUGCAAGGAACCACGCUCAUACAUCAUCGAGUCUAACGGAGGGACCUACAGGAGAAAUCGCCGCCACAUCCUCCCAGUCGCCGAGCCACCACCACUACAGGUCGACCCAGCAGACUUUGAUUGUCAAUACGCCAAUCCGGCUACACCAGUCAGUCCCCCAUACACACCACAAACACCACACAUACCUCGAGAGACCCAGGUAACACCUCAGCCUACCAGCAAUCAGCAGAGGCCUGCUGUUCAGUCUCCAACGAAGGUAAUACCAGGCACAAGUUUAUUUUAUCCAUUUGGAACUGGAGACACAGAAAAUGAACGCGCUGAUGAUGGAAGUUCUGAAGUGAUUUAUCUCCUGCAACCGUUUAUAUUUUUUGGACUUACAUACAACCAAAUUUAUGUCAACAACAAUGGUCACUUGACUUUUGAUGUGGCAUGGGACAGCAACAUUCCAUACAGCUUUUCUGGAUAUGAUGGGAAAGACAUCAUUGCUCCAUUCUGGACUAAUAUUGAUAACAGUUUCCACGGUGUUAUCUCAUAUCAGCAGUACACCUCUGGCAGUGUCCUGACACAAGCUACAGAAGACAUAAACCAAUACUUCCCUGAUCUGAGCUUUUCUGCUUCAUGGGUCUUUGUUGCAACAUGGGACAGAGUGCAGUAUCGUUCAUAUUUAGGAACAGAAACAUCUUUUCAAGUGGUUUUGAUUUCAAAUGGCAAUUUCUCAUUUGUUUUAAUGAACUAUGGUAAAAUUGCUCGGUCACAAAGAUUUGUACAGGCUGGUUAUGACACCAUCAACUCUAGCUACUAUUUCUCAAUUACUGAAUCACUGCAGGACUUCUCAAGCUUAACAUACAGCAGCAAUGUCAAUGUUUCAGGCAGAUGGGCCUUCAGAGCAGACCUUGGAUCACGGUGUCAAUUCAAUGACACAGGUCCAUUUUAUCCAUUUGGAACUGGAGACACAGAAAAUGAACGCGCUGAUGAUGGAAGUUCUGCAGUGAUUUAUCUCCUGCAACCGUUUGUAUUUUUUGGACUCACAUACAACCAAAUUUAUGUUAACAACAAUGGAGACUUGACUUUUAAUGCAAAAUUCUACAGCUACUCUCCAUACAGCUUCCCAGCACAUGGUGGGAUAGACAUCAUUGCUCCAUUCUGGACUGAUAUUGAUAACCGUUUCAACGGUGUUAUCUCAUAUCGGCAGUACACCUCUGGCAGUGUCCUGACACAAGCUACACAAGACAUAAACCAAUACUUCCCUGAUCUGAGCUUUUCUGCUUCAUGGGUCUUUGUUGCAACAUGGGACAGAGUGGCGUAUUUUUCAAAUUCAGGAACAGAAACAUCUUUCCAAGUGGUUUUGAUUUCAAAUGGCAUUUUUUCAUUUGUUUUAAUGAACUAUGGCACAAUUGCUCGGUCACAAAGAUUUGUACAGGCUGGUUAUGAUACCAUCGACUCGGGCUACUAUUUCUCAAUUACUGAAUCACUGCAGAAUGACUUCACAUACUUAACAUACAGCAGCAAUGUCAAUGUUUCAGGCAGAUGGGCAUUCAGAACAGACCUUGGAUCACGGUGUCAAUUCAAUGGAGAGGGCUCUGAGCUCGGUAUUUGUCCUGAGCCCAGAGCACUCCCCAACAAAGGGAGGGCUCCAGGCUCUGUAUUAGGCCUGAAUCCAGAACACCUCCCGUAUUCAGGUUAG